AUGUCCCAAAACCUGUCUCGAGUGGCGCCCUUUCUUUUUGGUCGGCGUCCCUUCAUUGCUGCCCUUGUGCGCACCUUCCACUCCUCAUCAAGCGUGUAUCGCUCCACUCUAGCCAAUAGUGGGAGCCUCGCUAGCCCUGUAAGGGGCGGACAUCAGCCAUAUCAAGAGGGCCGUCCUUGGUCGCCUUGCGUCAAAGCAGCGGUAUCGUUUGCUAGUCUGAGCGUAGCCCUUCUGUCAGCUUCAGCACCAGUGGCGAGCUGUGAGGAGUACGGCGAGGAUAACACCGACUUCAGGGGCGUCUUCAAGUCGCUCGAAUCUUCCGUGGUCUUGCUGUAUGCCAGUCCGCAGGGCGGCAACCCUCCGGGAACACAGAUAGGGACAGCGUUUGUGUACAAGGAGGAGAAAGGGAGGACUUACCUCAUCAGCGCGGCUCAUACGUUGAGGAAAAGGAUAGGGUUCGCACAGGGAGGAGUAGACCCUCGGCUCGGUGACGUUCUUUGGGUGAAGCUACCGGUGAGCGGCCGUUGGGAAGAAGUUAAACUCGAGGGCAAAACUGAAGGUACUUGGGCAUGCACUAUGGGAGGCGGCGCUGGCGGGGGUGAUGACCUUGCUGGUGCCGUGGGGAUAGUCAGUAACCCGAGGCAGAGCUUCACCGAAGGGUCAAUAGAUAACAGCUCGCGUCGUUGGCGCUUCAUCCAGCUCAGUGUGACCACUCUACCAGGUAUGUCGGGGUCACCAGCUGUAACGAGAGAUGGUCGAUGCAUUGGCAUGAUUGUGAAGAAAUGUGGCGAGUUCGGUUUGGCGCUUCCUCUCCAACUCGUGAGGCAUAUAGCGGAUUCCAUCACGAGUAACGGAUAUUGGAGUCCUCCCUAUCUUGGUAUGGUCAUCACCAACAGGACCGAUGAUGGCGCUGGAUACGGCACUCAAGAUGUUGUCCGAAUCGUUCAAGUAAAGGGCCAGACCCCAGCGGCUAAGGCGGGAUUGAAGGUUGGUGAUGUCAUCGAGAGCAUCGAUGGAAGACCGGUCCGGUCCGUCUAUGACGUUUACGAGACCUUGGGGGUUCAAUGUGGAUCCCCCGCAGAACUAAAGGUCAAGCGUGGUGAGAAGACCUUCGCCACCACAGUAGUGAGUGUUUCUGAAAGACGAGUUUGGUGA